UACGUAGCACCUAAGUAGAAACCAUUUGCGACCCUACUUUUCCCAGCACUCUUUACAAACGUUUCACUUAGCUUUGUAAAAUUCACGAGCAAGCGCAUUGCGGUUAAACAUUGAAUACAUAACUGUGUUGUCAAUGUAAUUGUUACGCAUAUUUAAAUUUGACAUCAGAAUGGCAUCUUCUGUUUUUUCAAAGGUUAUUCUGCUGUGUUCCUUCGCAGUCGGAUUCCAGCUAGUACGUCCGGGCAAUAUAUUUCCUCUUAACCCAACUCCUUGCUUGGCCCCAACAGAAUGGGAAGGUCGGGCAGUCGAAUACGACCACAGCACGGGCAGGAAUAAACGGGUACUUAUUACUUACGACAGUCCAAAUCAGCGUAUCAGAGUUUUUGAAGAGAGAAAGGGCCAUUUUCCUUGCAAAAAGUUUUAUGAAUAUAUCUACCUUUACCAGGAUGCAGUGCUGUUUCAAAUUGAACAAAAGACUAACAUAUGUGCAAAACUCCCCUUAACUGAUGCAUGGGAUCCUUAUGAUAUACCAGCUAAUAGUACCUAUGAAGAUCAGUAUUAUAUCGGUGGGCCAGGGGAUCAAAUUCAAGUACAGGAGUGGUCUGACCGCAAACCUUCAAGAGCACAUGAAAAUUGGGUUGGUGUUUACACACUCAAGGACUGCUACCCAGUGUAUGAAACGUACACAAAGAACUACAGUGUGACAACAUCCACUCGUUUUUUUGAUUUACAGCCUGGAAUAAGUGAUCCCUCUGUAUUCACUCCACCAAGCAGCUGUCAGACUGCAAACCCAAGAAAGAUGAGUGAUACCUGCUAAGUAUGGAUUGAUGUUCUGGCAGCUGAUUUUAGUUUGGUGUUUUUGUAACAGCAUUAAUAGGAAUGACGCAUAUGCAAUGUGAAUUAAUGGUAGUGAUACAUAUGCAAUGUAAAUCUUACGAAGCCACAACCUUUGGCAUUUUUUACUUCAUUGUUUUCUUGAAUGCAAUAUGUCUAAAAUUUAAUUGCUUUAAAUUUUAAUUUUUAUGUAUCUUGAGUAGCUUAAUCUGAAGGCAAAUGUAAGAAUCUGAAAAAGUGUUUUAAAAAACUUGCACAUUGUGCAAAAUGCAUGCCUGUUCUGCUUUAAACCAUUCUGUCAGCUAAAAAUGCCAUCUGGAAGGUAUUUUGUUUUACUUCCCAUGUGCCAUAGAAUGUUAUACAAGGCUGCAAGUCUUUUUACACUAGCUUUUCUGUCUUGUACCACUUGUACAUCAUCUGAGUAAAUUCAUAUUGAUUAAGCUAGUGUUUACUUCAUGUUGGAUCAUGUUGGAUCUUGCAGAAUAAAUUUUAAUAAAUAAGGCUUAUUCUAUAAAUCAAAAA